GAGACUGCGGAUCGAAGCUCCAGCUGGGCAUUUGGAUUUCUCAGAAAAACCUCGCAUUGCAAAACCACGACGAUGGCGCAAUCUCAUAAAAUGCAUAUUCUGCUGCCGCUCUUGGCCACGAUGCACUGCAUCUGCGCCACGCCCAUAGCGCCGGCCACGCCCGACGGCGCCACGCCCAUCGACGCACGCGUCUCGGCCGCCGACUUUGGUGCCCAGGAUGCCUUCGAUGCCUUCGAUGCCGCCGACAGCUCCGCGGAAUCCACCCAUGCGCAGGCCAGCGAGGCCGGAUUCAAAAUCUCACUGCUGCCGACUCCGGCCAAGACGGCGGAAUCGGUGAAUCUGGAGCAGGAGGCCAUUCCCUCGAAGGUGCUGAGCGUGUACGACAACAGCCAAAAGAAGCUGGCCGAAUUGGCGCAGCCCGUUCCCAUUUUGGACUCCAUCAGUGAGCACGAGAAGUACGGCAACAACGGCGACAUGUUCGACGGCAUCUCGCGCUCCAUUGUCAACGGCUAUGAGGCCUUCUCCAACCUGCUCAACACCUUCAUUCAGAAGCCCAAAGAGUUGGCGCGCAGCGUGACGAAGGGGAUAACGGCUCAAUUGGAUGUCAUCGGUGGCAAAUUGGUGGGCCUUUGAAGGCGCUAACCACCCAGCCACCCACCCAGCCGCCCAACCAACCACCCAACCAACCACCCAACCAACCACCCAACCAACCCCAGUGAAACUGCACUGGCUUGUAAUUUAAAUAAAUACUUUAAUUUAUUUGUAACUUAACACGAACAUGUUGUGUAGGAAUGCAUUUCGAUAUAAAUAUUUGUAUGUAUAAAUAAAAUAAUCAUACCCAUAGUA